AUUCCCAACAUUAAGGGUCUAAGCCUCGAUUAGGAAACACCAAAAUGUCUUCAAAUAAACUUAUUUUCAACACCAUCGUUGUAAUCUCCGUUCUAUUCAUCAGCUGUUCCCCGAAAGUUCAGAGUUACAGGAUCCUGGUCGUCAACCCGGAUGAGCAAGUGAAAAGAGAUUUUUGGGACCACAAUAAGUCGGAGACAAAUGAACACAAUGAUAUCAAACAGCCACAGGACGGAGCCUGUCUCGCCGGAUCUUGCAUGGAGGAUGACAAUGCGGCCCAGAUUAAAAACGAACUGUCUCCAAAAGACGAUGCUGACUCACGUAUUUAUGUACAAUCACGGUCCAAUGCGAAACCUAACAAGCUCGGUGGAUUGAAAGUUGUUCGUACGUACGACCAUAACGGUCCCAGAAUCGUGUACUGGCCUAUUUUCGAAAACUAACUAGUACUGAAUACACGAAGCAUGGCCGCCAAGGACCAAUGGACCAAUAUUUUAAUGUUCCCAAAGAGAUUAUUAUAAUUAAGUAAUGAA